UCAUUUUACGUAGGCCUGCAGUUAAGAGUUGCUUAAAUGAUUUUAAAAUGUUUCUUGAAUAUAUUAAUUUUGGCCUAGGAUUUGUAGAAAUAAAAAUGUUGACUUCAACUCUCCGGUUUAACGUUCGUCUCGAGUCUUCGCCAAUUAAUUAUCUAGUUUUUUUUUCACUUUUUCAACGAAAACAACAAAAUAUUGGCGUACACAUAGACGUAGUGGUUUUGUUUGUUUGUCCGUUUGUUUUGGUUUUUACCUACGCCUGCACGUAACAUGAUUUUAAAACGUUUCUUGAAUAGUAAUUUUGGCUCAGGAUUUGUAGAAAUGAUUAUGAACAUGUUUACUUCAACUUUCCGGUUUAAAGGACGAAUCGAGUCUUAACCAAUUAUCUUCAUCUCAACGAAAACGGAAAAUUAUUGGCGUAUUUAGAGCGGUUGAAAGCCCUUUGACUUGGAAGCAAAAGGGGGGCAAAUCCUUCAAUAUGGAGCAAUAUGAAAUUCUAGAGCAGAUUGGGAAAGGGUCUUUUGGUUCUGCUCUUCUUGUGAGGCAUAAACAUGAAAAGAAGAAGUAUGUCUUGAAAAAAAUACGCCUUGCUCGCCAGACUGAUAGGGUCCGUAGAUCUGCCCAUCAAGAGAUGGACCUGAUUUCUAAGGUAAAGUGUCCGUUUAUUGUGGAAUACAAAGAUUCUUGGGUAGAGAGAGGCUGCUAUGUUUGCAUAAUCAUAGGAUACUGUGAAGGAGGAGAUAUGGCUGAAGCUAUAAAAAGAGCCAAUGGCGUGCAGUUCUCCGAGGAGAGACUCUGCACGUGGCUGGUUCAACUCCUAAUGGCACUUGAUUACUUGCAUGUCAACCAUAUUCUUCAUCGUGAUGUCAAGUGUUCAAAUAUAUUUUUGACAAAAAAUCAAGACAUACGUCUAGGUGAUUUUGGUCUUGCUAAACUGUUGACUUCCGAUGAGCUUGCUUCAUCUGUUGUGGGAACUCCUAGUUAUAUGUGCCCCGAGCUACUUGCUGACAUACCAUAUGGUUCUAAGUCAGAUAUUUGGUCUUUAGGAUGCUGCCUGUACGAAAUGACAGCUCACAAGCCUGCAUUUAAAGCUUUUGAUAUCCGGGCUCUCAUUAACAAAAUAAAUAAGUCUAUGGUGGCUCCUUUACCAACCAUGUACUCUAGUGCAUUUCGCGGACUCAUAAAAAGCAUGCUACGGAAGAAUCCAGAACUUAGGCCAAGUGCUUCAGAGUUGCUCACUCUCCCACAUCUUCAGCCGUAUGUCCUCAAAAUUCAUCUGAAAUCAAGUAGCCCUAGGUGCGACAACUUCCCAACUCGGUGGUCCGAUUCCAGCUUCAUGAAGAAAACUAAAUUUGUGGAGAAAGAUAGUACGCGUUUUAGUGACAUAGGCAGAAGGCGGUCGUUCAGCAAUGACAGGGCUUUGAACCCGAGUGUAUCUGAAACCGAACAAGACUCCUUAAGCGGUAUUCGAAGAGUGCAGGAAAUCCCAAGUUCUUUGUUUGAAAAGUUCACAGCAAUUUCUGUUGGUAUUGACAAUGAAGAUAUUACAGCUGACAAGUCAACAGCCACAAAGUUUUCCACUGUUGCUAAGACCCCAAGGUUGACUCCAGCAGUGUCCGUCACUCCAAGGAAGCAUAUAAUACCAUCGAAGAUAUCCAAAACUGGUCAAAAACAUGAUUUGGUUCCAGUAUCACAAACGCCAUCAAGCAAAUCAUCCUACUCAUCCCGCAGAGUAUCUCUUCCAUUGCCAUCAAGGACUGCAGCCAUUGUGACCCCCUAUAGAGCCAAUGUCGGUUCACUUCCCACCUCGAACUCCCCAGAUGUCUCUGUCAACGCCCCACGAAUUGACAAAAUUGCAGAGUUCCCUUUAGCUUCUUCUAACGAUCCGGUUUUACCCAUUCGUCAAAUCUCAUCAACAUCAGCCAAGUGCUCUUCUUCUUCAUCGAUUGACAGUGCUGACCGUUCUAUAACAAAGGACAAGUGUACAGUUCAGAUUUUGGAAAAAGCUGUCGCCACAUCGAAUGUCAGCGAUCAAAGCCUUGAAGUUGCACAAGAUGGGAGUGAAGGUGGCUCUGAGUAUAACCGUGCUGCAGUAUCAAUCCGUUCAUCUUCUGAGUCACGGCAACGGCGGUUCGACACUUCGUCGUACCAGCAGCGUGCAGAGGCAUUGGAAGGGCUGCUUGAGUUCAGUGCAAGGCUCUUAAAACAACAAAGGUAUGACGAACUUGGGGUGUUGUUGAAGCCAUUUGGACCAGAGAAAGUGUCUCCCAGGGAAACUGCAAUCUGGUUGGCUAAAAGCUUCAAGGAGACCCAAGUCUAAGCUUGGAAAAACUAAUGCUUCGUCAGUGAUGCCACUUGUACAUAAUUGACGUUGCCCUGCCCCUUUCCCUUUCCCUAGUUUCAGAAGUUGUAAAAUUAGGAUGUCUUCUUACUCGAAGACAGCUGGUGGAUUCCUGAUACGGAUUUGGAUCUUUUGCAUUAACCCCUCUAAUGGUUGCAAAUAUGCAAUUCCUGCAAAAGCGGAAAUUCUCUAUAA